CACGCAUGCGCAGUGAGAGUUCCUCCCCAUCUCGCGCCAAUAUCGAGUUUAACUGGAGUUGUCAGACAUGUCUAAAAAGAAAGGCCUUAGCUUGGAAGAGAAAAGAAGUCGUAUGAUGGAAAUAUUUUUUGAAACUAAAGAUGUGUUCCAGCUGAAAGACAUAGAAAAAAUUGCCCCCAAAUCCAAAGGAAUCACUCCUAUGUCAGUGAAAGAGGUGUUGCAGAGUCUGGUGGAUGAUAACAUGGUGGACACUGAGAGGGUGGGCACCUCCAACUAUUACUGGGCGUUUCCUAGUAAAGCCCUGCACGCCCGUAAACGCAGAUUAGAGGAACUGGAAAGACAAAAUGAAGACGGGAAUCAGCGCAAAAAAGCCCUUCAGCAAGCCGUUGACAGAGCCAAAGUGGGACGUGAAGUUAACGAGGAGAGAGAGAACCUCCUGAAGGAGCUCGCAGCGUUGAAACAUCAGAGAGAUCAGCUAAAGGCUGAGCUGGAGAAGUACAAAGAAUGUGAUCCAGAGGUGGUGGAAGAGAUACGUAAGGCCAACAUUACAGCAAAAGAGGCCGUGUCCAGGUGGACAGAUAAUGUUUUUGCAAUCAAAUCCUGGGCAAAGAAGAAGUUCGGCUUUGAGAACAGCAGCUUGGACAAAGCUUUCGGAAUACCAGAGGACUUUGACUACAUUAACUGACCGAAACGGAUCUUAUGAUUGUUUUCAAAUCUGCACAGUCAGUAAGGUUUAUUGUAUUAGCUCAGUUAGAUUUCUGUUUGUUAUCAGUUCUGUAUGUUUGAGAAACAGCUGUGACUGACUUACAUCGUGAAAAGUGCGGAGUACAUUGUCAGCGGCGCCCCACCCUAGAAAUUUAACCUUGUCUGCUACAAGCAAAACUUUCAGAUUGAUUUGUCCGGGUAAAAAGGGUAAAUCUGCUCCCGGUGUGUAAGCGGAGAAGGUGUUGUGUUAACCCUUGGCCGCCCAGAGAUGCACCCUAUAACCACACUGACUGCUUGGACACCUGUUGAUAGAGAAACCAAACCUUGCAGAUACUGCUGGGAUGAUAAAUGGAGCUGCACAUCAAAGGUCAAUUCAAGGAAAUGAAUCACAGGUUAGAGUUAAAGAAGGUAACAAUUGUUUGUAGACAAAAAAAGUAUGUUGCAAGGAUACAUUUGGUUCUUUAUGAAGUAGGAUGUGUUAUGAUGUAAUGUUAUAUGUUCAGGUCAGGUUUCUUUUUUCUGUUUAUAUAUAUAUAUUGUUUUGUGCACAUGUAUCUUGUAAAUAUGAAAAAAUGGCUUUUUCAAUGACUUUGUGUGAUAUGGUUUAAUAAAUGUACAGUUAUCAAGCA